AUGCCAGGGGAGCAGCCCCGAGGAGCACCACCCCCAACCAUGACCAGAGACCUGCCACCCUGCCAAGUUGCCAGUGGCCUGGGGCACCCCUCCCAGCACCCUCUCCAAGACCACUCCCCGCCCAACAGGACCUCCCAGGGCUUGAGGGAGACAGGCAGUGGGGUCCAGUCCCAGGAGUCCUCUGAAGCCCAGUUAAGGCCGGUCAAGGUAGUGGAGUCCGAGGCCCUGCUCUUAAGGGCCCAGGCCUUGGGCGACCCCUCUGGGAAAGAGGGCAGUCCCCGUGCCCCACCAGGGAAGAGCCACACCCAGGCUCACACAUGGCUGGCUGGCAGAGCUAAAAACAGCCCCCCGCAGCUCUACAGUCUGAGUAUGGUCAGCUUGAGGGCCAAACCCACCAUGGACGAGCCCCACGAGGACUCACAGCGUGAGGGUCCCCAGGCUCCAGAGGUGGAGGACACCCAGGGCCGAGGGAGUAGAUCCCACCACAGGCUCAGUCUUCCCAGGGCUGAGGCCCUGCCUGCCCCCGAAGAACUCAGCUCCCAAAGGUGCUUUGAGGAGGCCCCCUCCAGCUUUACCUCCACCAACUAUACCUCACCAAGUGCCACCCCUGGACCUCUGCCCUUGAGGGUCCCCCAGAACAGCGGCACCAGCCCCCACAGGCCUGACUCCCACCCUGAGCUCCAGGCCACUGGGGUUGAACCCUGGCCUCCAACUGUUGAAGACAACUUUCCAGGUGCUAAUUUUGGAGUCCCCUCUGCUGAGCCCAAGCCCUUUCCUGAAGGCAGCAGGCCUGGCAGCCCUCAGGGGGUCUCCUUCCAGUACCCCUUCUCAGCCCAGGCCCCACAAGUGGUCAGCAACAAGUCCUUCACUGCACAUACAGUCAGGCACGAGCGUGCCACUGGGGCGCUGCUGUUUGCCUUUCACCAGCCCCUGGGAACGUGGCCAGAGUCCACCAGGAACAUGGGCCCUGCCUAUCCAUUGCCUUCCAGGGCGACCCCCCGACCUCUGCCCUGCUACCCCAGCCAGCCAGGUGGCCUCGAGGCCCCCAGCAAGCCUGAAGACACCCUCUCCCCAACUGGUGCUGCUCAUUCGGCCCCGAGCCCCUUCCCGGACAGUUUGCCCAAGAGCCUGACCAAAGUCCUUCCUGAAGGACCCCCUGCUGCUCAUGAUGGACUGAGGAGCCCUGGGAGGCCCCCAAACCCUCUGCCCCAGAGAUGCUUUGCAGGGCAGAACUACGGAGCCAAUGGGAUGGGCACCAGCCCGGGGCCUUUGGACACUGAGCUGCAGAACCCUGGGCCCCCACCUGCCAGACUGCCCCAGCUGUGGGACCCCACGGCAGCCCCUUACCCCACCCCUACCCUAGGCCCCCCGGCCACUACCAGGACCACGUUCUUUGAAGACCAGCCCAGCCCAGGCCAGCAGCUCUGCCUCCCCCAGAGUUCUCCUCUGCCUUGGCCUCCAAUGUUUCCAAGUCCUGGACCUAACCCCCACAGAACAGGGGUGCCGAGGCGGCUGCCAUUCCCUGGGGGGGCCCCCGAGUGGCAGGGGGGCAGCCAGGGGGUCAUGGGUUCUAACAGCAUGAUAGCUGGGCCUGGGGAGCCACUGGUGGCCAUGAGAGGCGGCCCAGGCCAGCCCAGCAGCUCACCAGGGCUGUUCAACUAUGGUGGGCUAAAGGACUCGGAGAGUCAGCCCCUGUUCUUUGGGGGCACCCAGUCCCAGGUGUCACCCCUCGGGGCCCCCAGCCUGCCCCCUCCCAGAGUGGUGGGAGCCUCUCCCAGUGAGUCCCCGCUGCCCUCACCUGCCACCAACACAACAGGCAGCAGCACUUGCUCAUCCCUGUCACCACCGUCCAGCAGCCCAGCCAACCCCAGUUCAGAGGACAGCCAGCUCCCCAGCUCCCUUGGGGCCUCGGCCUUCUUCCACCCUCCCACCCACUCCCAGGAGACCAGUAGCCCCUUUCCAUCCCCAGAGCCCCCCCAUGCCCUCCACAGCCACUACCAACCAGAGCCAGCCAAGGCCUUCCCUUUCCCCGCAGAUGGGCUGGGGGCCGAGGGUACCUUCGAGUGCCUGGAAGAGACCCCGUUCCCCCACGAUGGCCCUGAGAUGGGCAGAGGUGGGCUGCAGGGUCUCCCCCGAGGGCCACCCCCAUACUUCUCCCUGAGCAGCGCCAGCCUGGACCAGCUGGACGUGCUGCUGACCUGCAGACAGUGUGACCGGAACUACAGUAGCCUGGCUGCCUUCCUGGAGCACCGACAAUUCUGCAGCCUGCUCCUGGCCAGGACCAAGGAUGGCCCCCAGCAGGCCCCUGGGCUCUCCACACCCUCCUCCACCCCCAAAGCACCUGCUGACACUGACACGGGCUUGCUCAACCACAGCCAGACCGUCCCUUUCCUGCUCGCUGGAGACAUCCAGACAGAUGGCAAAGAUGACCCUCUGAGGACAAGCUUCCUACCUGGCCUGGCUACUUCUUCCUUCCCACUCCCUGCUUCGGACAUGGACAUGGAGGAUGACGCCAAGCUGGACAGCCUCAUCACCGAAGCUCUCAACGGUAUGGAGUACCAGUCAGACAAUCCUGAGAUCGACAGCAGUUUCAUUGAUGUCUUUGCUGACGAGGAACCUUCUGGCCCCAGAGGGCCCAGUGCAGGGCAACCCCCCAACACCCGGGUAGGGACGACUCCAGAGAACAGCGCCCAGCCCCUGCUCCCAGCUAGAGCUGCCACAUCAGAGCCCCAAGCUCCCUGCCCUGGGGACAGAGACUGCCCAGCCCGAAACAGGCCCAAAACCCGCUCCCUGGGCCUGGCCCCCAGGAAGGCAGGUGCCACCAGCCUGGUCAGGAGGCAGAGGAGAGGAAAGCAGUUGAAGUUGUUCCAGAAAGAGUUGGACAUAGCCAACAGUGCCAAGGGGUCCUCCAGAGCCAUCAGCCUAAGGCCAAGGAGGAGGGCCCAGAGCACUGAGCAGCCCCCGCCCCGCCACGGGGACCUCAGAAGCCAGGCCCCCAAGGGCCCUGCAGAUCUGAACCUGAGAGCCACCUCCCUCCCCACAGAGACCAGGAGCUCCAAGCACCUGCGACUGCCCCCCGGGAAGGGCCCCAGGAAGAGGAGAGCUCGGGGUGGCUCGUGGAGCAAAGAACUUAUCCACAAGAUCGUACAGCAGAAAAACAGACUCGGGGCACACAACUGCGCCUCUGAGUCUGAGGAGGAUGAAGGUCCUCGGCAGCAGGGCUCUGGCUUCAGAGGCCACUCUCGCCAUGGCCGUCGGCGGUGGCACCGAGGAGAGAAGAGGAAGGAAAAGGACUUGACCCAGGGCCCCAAGAAGGUUGUGGGGCAAGAAGCUGGGGAGGACAGGGGCUCCCCCACCCCAAGGGAGCCAUGUGGCCCAUCACAAAGCCUGGAUGCUGGAAAGACCCCUGUGGAAAGAGGCCUUAAGUGUGCAGAUCACCCCACCGGAGCCCCCAGGAGUCCCCAUCAGGUCCCCACCCACAAUGCCAUAACCCCAGACGAAAACCACCCACCCCUGGGCUUCAUCCAGGAGGCCAUGAAACCUGAAAUGACUGCAGACUUAGUCCUCAACACCAUGAAACUCAGAGACAUGUCUGGUCCUCCAGCUACCCAUGUGAGAGAAACCCCCAGACCCCCAAAGUCUAACAGCAGAGGUGACACUGGCAGACCCAGGCCAUCAGAGAGCUGCGCUGAAGUGCUGACCAGUGGGAAUGCACCAACACUAAGUACAGAUGGUGUGCUGGGCACCUCCAGGUGCACAAAACCCCACCAGGCUCAGGACAGAGAGGACACUCCUGCUUCCCAACCAGAAGAAUGCCUGGUACCCGUCACUGACACCAUGGAUUCUAGCAAUCCUGAACCCAGCAUCCUUUUUUUUAAGAACUCUGAUCCUGGUUGUGACCCUGCUCACUUUAACAGAGACUCCACGGGGAGUACAGCUACCAAAAAAGAGUCCUGGCCUAACAACAGCACCCCCAGAGAACUGUUCCUCAGAUCCAAGGACCUGGCUGACUGUCUCACUGGACACCUGUACUCCAAGCCUUUUGCUGGAAACCCACCACCAGCCAGCCUUGCCCAGGGCAAUGUGGAAUCCCUUGAGCCAAAACCGACAAAGGUUCCACCGUAUGCAGUUGAAACGGACACAGGCAGAGCCCAGUCACCACUGACCUUGGAGUCCACGUCUUUCUUUUCUGGGCUGCCUGAGGAUGGAUUUGACCCACCGCUCUACGACAGUCUAUCUACAAACAGGAACACAAACGUACAGCUGGCAUGUGCUGACCCUGUCCCAAAGAAGCCUCUCAUAGAUCCCCUGUGCCCCUCAUUUUUGCUGCUGGAAGAAGCAUCCCCAGCAAUGAUUUCCAGACAGUUUCCUGACCUCUCAGAGAGAAAAGCAUUUGGUGAGAAGUGUCUCUGUGAUGGGACGGUGCUCCCCAGCCCUCCCCCUGGGCCUGGGAGAGGAAGCCAAUGUAACAUAGCCUUUAUGAGCAGCGACCUGUGUGAGGACGAACUAGAGAUCAAAAGGUUGGUCACUGAAUUGGAAAACCAGCUGCAAAGGAAAGAGGACACACAGGGGACCCCGGGAGAGUGUGACGAAGCCAUAUGUGCAAGCAGAGUGGGCGGGAUAGGCCCUGGCCCAGAGCCCAUCCCGCUGCCCACCCUCCAGGCUCCCUCACCCCACAGAGUCGCCCUCUCAGCAGCCGACCUUACAGGUCUUGGUGGAUCAAGUCCAAAGGGAGAACAGGCUCUUAGAAGCCCCCAGGGACACUGGCCCUGUCAAGUCACAUGCUCCCCAGUGGAAGCAGCCUCCCACCCCAGUGCCCAGGAAGACCCAGUCUCUGGGGCGCUUUACAGCCCUUCAGGGGACCUCCUCGGUUUUCAAGCAGUGCAACACUCCAGUGCCUCCCAGAUGGAAAGAGACACCAGGGUUCCCCUAGGUGGUUGUCUGCCUGACCCCAACAAGCAAGGGGAGCCCCUCCUGGAUGCUGAGAGUUUGGUCAAGGGCAGCCCAAGCUGUGAACCUUUUUUUCCUGAGAAUAACGAGACUGCCAGGACACACAAAAGCAUCCCACUGCCGUCCCUCUGUGAACAGAGGAGAGGGCACUCCCCAGAACCCCUUAAGGCCAAGGGGCCCUGCCAAGCCCCAGCUGCACUGGAAGCAUUCGGAGACCCCAUCGUGCAUGUGUCUCCUGAGUUGGUGUUUCAGGGUCACGGGGAUGCACCUCUGGGUGCCACCUUGCCUCCAGGCGCCAGUCAUAGCAGUGCCUCUAAGGGACACUCUGAGGGCAGAACAGGAGAGCCCAAGGGAGCUGUGCCCCACACCAUGGCAGAAGAGCCUGGCUUUGAGGGUGAGGAAUUGGCACCAGCAGGGGCCUCCAAACUGCCUGCCAUCCAGGGUGGUGAGGCUCGGUUUCAUCCUACACCAAAUCCUGCCUGGCUUCCCCAUGCCAGCCCUGGCAGGAGGCCCCAAGACCCAGUCUCAAACUCUUUAUGUUCACUCCAGGUCCUGGGGACCAAAGCAGGGAGCAAAGAAGACACCUGGGACUUGCAGGGACCACCAUCUGCCGAUGCACAGAGCCUGCAGCCCAGGGAUCCCUCAGAUCUUGGAGGGGUCAGAAUGAAAGGUGGCUCCCCAGAACGUGUACAGGAAACACCUAUCCCUGCAAUGGCUGGACAUAAGCUGGGGCCCAAGGCAGAUGGACAUCUGGGUUCACCCAGCCAAGCUGAGAAGACCAAGGGUGAAGGUGAAGCCAGCAGACUUCGGUCAGGUAACCAGAGGAGCCCAGGGGAGCUGGAUACCCGCACCAAAGUCAUUACCCAGCUGGAAACCCCACUGGCCAGGCCAGCCGGAGGCAGAGACACGUGUGAGGGAAGCAGGGCAGCCCUGAGCCAUCAGGAGCAAGUUCAGCCCUCCCCCACCUCCCCUGAGGGAGAUUCCCUGGCAGUGGCCUGCAGCCAAGAGCAGCCUAGAGACAGAAUCCCAGAAAUGACAGCCAGCUCAGGACUUGUUCCGCAGCUGCUGCUCAAUGAGGAGACCCCAGCAGCCUCUACCGGGGACAUGGUCACCUGUGCCCCCUCACCCACUUCCCCGGGGACCCCCACUCUCUGCAGCCUCAAGCCCUUGCCCCAGGAAGACUCACUCUCCACAUCUCACAGUGUCAUAGCAGCCCAAGGGGAUCCAAAGGAGCUGCUCCCUGUACCUUCCUCCUGCGGGGACCCUUCCAGCCCCCAGCAUUGGCCUGCUGGUCCUGCCUGGGCACCUCUUGGAGAGGCCAGCUAUAUCCAAGCCCCUACAGAUGCUCCCCCAUCUUUAAUGACAAGCCUCUGUGGCCUGGAGGCGACCCUGCCUCACCACCCUCUCCUGGUGGCCAGCAGCCCUGAAGACCCUCCCUCAGGGAAGCCUGGCCUUGUCGAUGUCUUAGCCCCCUCAAGGCAAGGGGGAGACAGCCCCAAAGACAACACAAUAAGAACUCCAGAGGAUUCCAGAAGAGAGGAGCUGAGAGGGCCUCCUGCCACUGCUCCCCCACAAGGGGAGGACACCUCCCCAAGAGUUACUGUCCAGGCUGCUGACUUGCCCAGUGUUCCCACUGAAGAAGACACAGAGGCAAUCAGAGGACUUGGGAUACCAGACACCCACUGCAGGGGAGUCCCACUCCCCACCAGCCCUGAUGGGAUGUCCAAGGACCCCUCCUCAGACACCCUGAACAACACGCCCUGCCUUAGCCACAGGGAAGGCCACAGUGCCUUGGCUGUGCUCAUGGACCCUGCCACUCUGCAGACUGCAGGGCCAGACACCUGCCUGGAAGGUGAGGCAAGUGCUGGCAGCGAGGGACAGGGGGACCCGGGAACACCUGGGGCUAGGCAGGCCGUUGUAACAAAGGUGCCCAGAGCUAGCACACAAGCCCUAACCACCUCCUGCUCACCCACAGCGUGCCACCUGUCCCAAGAUACCUCUCCAAGUGGCUCAGCCAGUGACUUCAAGUCCGACUCCCCCCAAAGCCACAUCAGUGUUCCCCACCAGACUCCCCAGAAAAAGCCCCUCGGUCCCCAAGACCCCAAACAGAGACCACGUGGCUUUAAAAAAAAGCCUAAGCCCAUGGAGAAGGGCCAGAGGAAAGGUCAAACCCCAGCAGGGCCACCAGUGACCUGUGAAGUCUGCUCUGCCUCUUUCUGCUCCUCUGCUGGCCUGAGCCGGCACAAAGCCAGGAAGCAUCGGCACAAGGAGCCCACCGCCCAGCAGAGCCCAGAGGCCCUGCCUGCUGUCCAGUCUCUGGAACCCAUGGCCCAAACAUGCAGGGCCACUGGGAAGAGAAGUCGAAAGACUCCUAGGAAGGAGAGGUCAAGUCACCUGCCAAUGGGCCCUGGCCACCCUCCUGGGCCAUCUCCCAUCCAGGGCUUGGUAGCACCUGAGGAUGCCCUGGGUUCUGAGACAUUGAAGGCUGCCAGAAAGGGAUCCAGGGGACCUGGGACAGCAGGUGCUCCCCUCAACCCACAACGACACCCCCCAAGCCAGGUUCAGCAGGGAGAGCAUGUGAGGGCUCUGGCCUCAAAACCCAGGAAACCAGGCCGACUGGAGGCCCACAGGCACCAUCCCAAACAGACAGAGAAAAGAGAAGGCCUAAAGCAAGGUGGAGAGCAAGCAGACUCCCACAGCAACUCAGAGGGAAAACCGAAUAAGAGAGAGAGAAAGCCGAGGGCAAGGAGGCUCCGGGAGGCACGUGGUCCCCAAGCUUCUGCCGAUGUCACUUCAGAUAAGCACCUCCUGGGUCCAUCUCCUGCAACUGGCCAUCAUCUGGUCCCUCUGAGCCAUCGCCUCGCACCCAAGGGAGAGUGUGGGGUGGACGUGGGGAAGCCACCUCACUUGGCCAUGCUGAGGCCCAGGAUGCUGGAUGACAUGGCAGAAGCUGGCCUGGGGGCUCUGUGUUCAGAGAAGUCACCCCAAGAGUGGAGGAUCCAAGGAGGGAGGCUAGAGGGGGCAUUGCCAGGAGAGCAGCUGGAUGGGUGGAAGGAAGGCUUGGCUAGGUGCUUUGGGGAACCAAAAGCAUUGGGCGUUUGCAGAGAGCCAUCUCAGGCUGCUGGGAGGCAGAAGGCAGAGGACAGCAGCAGGACCGAGGGUGGGUCAGAUGAGGGCUCUGGGGAGAGGACACUGGGCCUUCCCGUGAAGUCCAGUUCUGAAGCAGGCAGCAUCACUGGCAACUGCCCCCAGGGCCUCCUGGCCACCCCAGAAGCUGGGGGUGGGGUCCAGAAGCCUGAGGGCACCAUCACUGAAGCCCCCAGCCUGGGUCUCGGGGACCCUCUGAGUGUGUUUGAUGAUGAGGUAUCCUUUUCCCAGCUCUUCCCCCUGGGAGGCCGCCUCACUCAGAAGAAGAACCCCAGAGUCUACGGGAAACGCUGCAAAAGGCCAAAGCGACCGCCACCAAGCCAGCCAAGCAGUGAGGUGGGAGGCAGCACCUUACUGUCCUCCUCCCGGCUGCCCACAGAUCUCAGUGACUCGGGCUCCCUCUGCCUGUCCUGCGAGGACCCAUGGGAUGAUGAGGCCACUGGUCUUCCCGAGUCCUUCCUCAUGGAUGGCCUCCUGAGCACCAGGGAGCCUGGCUUUGACCUUUGGGCCCCCAGCCUCAGCCUGUGGGCUCUGGAACCCAGUGCAGAGGCCAGCUGUGUGGGUGAGGUGCCCUCCAACUGCCCCGAGGAUGAGGAUGAGUGGUCAGAGGCCAUCCCCCAGCUGCACAUGGUCCCUGAAGCCUGGAGAGGACUGGAGCUGCGGGCUCCCACAGACGAGACGUCCUCUUCCCUUGGGGACGUGAGCCCGGAGCCCCCCAAUCUGGAGAGAGAACACAACGACCACCACGGGCUUCCCAGGAAUGCCGGCCUGCCACCUCUUCAUACCAAAGACUUUGAGGUGCUCAGCACCCAGUUGGAGAUGCAAGACCUCUGCUUUCUGGGACCCUGUGAAGACCUCGUGGGCCUCCACAGACCAAGCCUUUUUGACUUCAAGGCCACAGGGACCUCACAGGGACAACCAAGCAAAAGGACAGAGCAGGCAGCUGAGGUAGGACAGGCCCAAGGCAGAGACUGGCCCACAAAGGGCAGGAGGACCUCCUACAAGUGCAGGGUGUGCUUCCAGCGCUUCCACGGCCUGGGCGAGCUGGACCUGCACAAGCUGGCACACAGCCCCUCGCCACCCCCGAUCUGUUACAUGUGCGUGGAACGCAGGUUUGGCUCACGGGAGCUGCUGCAGGAACACCUGCAGGAGAAGCACGUGCAGGGCAAGGCGGGGCCGUGGGCCUGCGGUAUGUGCCUGAAGGAGGUGACCGACGUCUGGAUGUACAACCAGCACCUGCGGGAGCAUGCCGCCCGCUUUGCCCGCAAGGGGCAGGCGCGGCGGUCUUUGGAGGACCUGCCUGGGGGGUUGGAGGGGGACAGCGAUAUCACACACUCUCUGAACAACGUCAUGGAAGAAGCAGCCGCACCCCACAGGGGCAGGCACUCGGUUGGCAGGGCAAGCCAGAGCCCCAGGGAGGUGUCUGAGCCAGAAGAGGAAGCCGAGAAGGAAACCUCAAGGGAAAGGCUAAGACCCAAGGUGUGCAUCGCCUCCUUGAGCCAAGAUGGUCCUUUGACACCUCCUGCUCUGACCGGCAGCUCUGCCACCCGCUCAGGCUCUGCCAAGACAUCCCCCAGCCCAUCCCCAGACCCUUGGUCCCACAGCGAGCCCUUGCUCCAAGCCAUCCCCGUGCACGAAGACUGCAAGGACCCCUCCCGGGACUGCCACCACUGUGGGAAACAGUUCCCCAAGCCCUUCAAGCUGCAGCGCCACCUGGUGGUGCACAGCCCGCAGCGCGUCUACCUGUGCCCCCGGUGCCCAAGGGUCUACCCUGAGCUCUGUGAGCUUCAGACACACCUGGGUGGGGAGCACGGGGUGAAAGAGGAGCGGGAGCUGCCACACACACCGCUGUACACCUGUGAGCUCUGUGCCAACGUCAUGCAUGUCAUCAGGAGGUCCUUCAUCUGCAGCUCCUGCAACUACACCUUUGCCAAAAAGGAGCAGUUCGACCGCCACAUGGACAAGCACCUGAGGAGUGGUCAACAGCCCUUUGCGCUUCGGGGCGUAAGGAGGCCGGGGAAUCCUGGGCAGAAGGCCCCAGUCCUCGAGGGCAUGCAGCCCAGCAAGCGGCGUAAGGUGGCUGCGCCCAGCAGCCCCCCAGGAUCCAGCAGCAUGGACAGGCCAGAGUCCCCAGGCAGCCCUACCCUGAGCGAGGGCUCUCUCCAGGCCCUGCCCCAGCUGUGCUCCAAGGAUGCUCCCUGCAUCACUGAGAGCUGGCCCCAAAUCCAAGAGAGGCCCAUCGACUUGGUGGACCACGCAGUCAGGGAAGACGAUCCACCUUCAGGCAGUCAGGAGCUUCCGCCUCCAUCUCUGUCUCCUUCUCUGGCUGCCUUGGCUGAAGACAGAGAUGGUCUCAAGCUGGAUGGAGCCCUGGAGAGGCCCGAGGAUGGGGCUUUGCCAGACAGUCCUAGGCAGUGCAAGCAGCCAGCUCCCCUGGGGGGGAAGAGGACUCCACACCUGUUCUCAGGGAAACUCAGAAGCUCAGGCGCCCCAGGCAAAUACGCCCCUGACCAUUCCCUAGGAGAUCCCUCCUUGCUCCAAAAAGAGAAACUGGUGACCACAAGCCACACAGUACCUGGGGUAGGGAAAGGGAGGCGCCCCCAUCACAAGGGUGGUGCUGCCAAGCCAGGGUUCUCCCAGAGCUUAUCAAAGGACAAGACAUCAGUGUCCACCCCCAGUAAAGCACCCAGGAUCCCAGCACAGCUGAGGAAGCCCGUGGGGAUAGAAAGCCCAGCAUCUGGAGAACUGCCCCAUAGCUCUGAGGACAGGAUGAAGCCCACCACCCUCAAAGCCAAACAAAGACCCAGCUCCCAGGGUAAUGGGGGACCACACCUUAGCACCAAGACAGGGGGUGGCAGCCAGCCCCAGCCAGCCAGUGGGCAGCUCCAAAGCGAGACAGCUACCACCCCAGCCAAAACUAGCUGUCCCAGCCAGAGCCCCACACCAGACCAGCCCCUGUCUCGAGCCCAGGCCAAGGGCUGUACCAAGGGGCCCAGAGAAGCUGGUGACCAGAGGCCCCGAGGGUGUCCAGACCCCAGAGAGAAGAGAGAGAACAGUGAGAAGAGGAGGAAGGCCCAGGCCCUGGCGCCAACCAGGUAUGAGAGCAUGGGGAGCUUGGAAAGAACCCCCUUGGCCCCUGACAAGCCCCCUAGGGCUCCCCGAAAGCAGGCAACUCCUAGCCGUGUGCUCCCUGUCAAGCCGAGACCCAGCAGCCAGAGCGGUAAGAUGAGGCUACAGACAGCAGAUCAGAGGAAGGAUUCUGGCCACACCCCCAGGAAGGAGGCACUGGGCAAGGCCUUCCCCCAAGCAAGGCCCCUGCCCAGGCCCCCAAAGAGGGGCAGAGCUGUCCACGGUGCUGAGCCUGCUGAGCCCCGAGGCUACCGGACCGCUGAGUCCCAGAGUGACCUCCUCAGCCAGCUCUUCGGGCAAAGACUGACUAGCUUCAAGAUCCCUCUGAAGAAGGAUACUUCUGAGUGA